CUCAGAGUCAUCAAGUUCCGAAAGGAAAACAUUUUUAUUUUUCGGUCAAAAUCCAGUCAGUGGUUAUUCAGUUAACUUCGCCACAGCAACUUUAAACCGUUUGAAAUCAAUUCGAUAUUCCAAUUUAUACCAAAAAGUGAACUCAUCGACCAUCUUUUCAAAACCCAAUUAAGUUUUGGAAAAUAUUCGACGCCGAAAUCCAAACGGUCAUUUAGCGAGACUCGGCAGGACGCAAUCAGGUAAAAAGACAAAGGAAAGGAGGAGAGAAAAGAGGCAGACCAGGAGGCUCCUGCCCACUUAUCGUGAAUUCCUCCCGACUCCCGGGAGCAGACAAACCAACAGACAGACAGCCGACAAGCACAGACGAGAGAGAGAGAGAGAGCGCAAUGAGGCUCUUCUGGCAGAUCAUCGUCUUGUCAGCUGUUCUUCUCGAAGCCGGUAAGGAGCGGGCGCUAGCGGCUUCCAAUGCGGCAAUCGUCAACGACAAUGGCUCAGCCGGCCGUCAAGUCGCUCCCACCAGCACCAAGACCGUCUACGGCUUCCUCGAUUUCACCACCAUCGUCAGCGACACGAUGAUGAUCUUCAAGCCCAGCAAAUCUGGAGGUAACAAGGCCAGGAACGCCUUUGCAUCUCCACGGACGGCUUCCGUCGUUCUCAACAAGUUCAACAAACCGGGACCCGUCAACGGCCAUCGAGCCAAAGUGGAGGCCAGCCAGCCCGUCCCACUGGAAUCGUCGGCCACCGUCCAGUUGAGCGAGGAGAGGGACGACGAUGAGCAUUCGCGCGGCAGGAGCGGCAACGGGCGGUUCAAACCGUCCAGACCGCGCGUCCAGACGACGACCAACCCGUCCGCCAACGUCCACAUCGAGGGUAGUUUGAUCAACUUUGAGGAUCCUUCCGGCGGUCAAUCGACUCCGCGCGGGAAGGCCGCCCUGACGGAGCGGCUGAAAGUGCCACGCCGGCAGACCAUUUCCCUGGAAGGCAAAGGUCCCGAUCCGGUUGUUCCGUCCUAUUCGGUCAUCAAGAGCCACGUCGACGUUAGUUCCAGGGUCGACAUUCACAUCGGCGGAUUGCCCAAGCAGGUGAGUGGAUCUUCGGCCGGAAGCAGGUUCCUACCCAAACAGGUGGAAGUUCGCAUGGAAGUGAAUUUAUCUCCGCCGACCAAGAAAUCCGCAACGACGACGACGGCCUCAUCACUGCCGGCCGGACAGAGUUUGGUGUCGAAAACGGUCGGGACACGCAUCCAGAACGGAAUGACGACCAUCCACGAGACGUCGGUCAUCGGGACGACCAUCGACGGCCAGUACGCCCAUUUCGUGCAGAGCACUUCGACCGUGUUCCAGGAACCGACGGCCACCGUCGACGCUCUGCCUCCGGGUCGAUCCGGAAGCGUCGAAGUCGUCACCGAUAAAGCGAUGACUGUGUCCGUCGCCAAACCCAAAAUCACCAAGCCCGGAAGCGGACCGUCUAAACUGAUGACGGAAGCCGAAGACAAGGCUCAUUUCGCAUCGCUUCCGUCGCUGGAAUCACUCUUCGAAUCCGUCAGCGGUCCGGUGACUACCAAGCCGGAAGAAGAGCUCCCCAAAGCGGAACCGCAAGUCUCGAGACAGAAUAUUCCGACCGUAUCCAUCCAGGAGGAAGUGACUCCGCCAGCCGUCCAGCACAAAUCCCAUUCAUCUCCGCCGGUGGUGCCCAGACCUUCCAACUCGCUCAACUUGGAGAGACGGGCCGGAUUGGCUUCGUCGCCCAGACUUCGUGACACGACCCCGCGACCUCAGCGUCCGGAUGAGCAGCGCUGGCGCUAUAGUCCCACCGCCAAACCCAAAGUGACCAUCCAGAGAACGUCCAACGCAUCCGGAUCGCGCUUCCGGGAAAGAUUGGCCAAUUCGGGCUCCAACAACCAGCCGUCGAGGGACAGCGAAGCGGAAGAGCUUUCCAGCUCCGUCAGCCAAAAUUACCAGGAGCCGGAAUCACCUGAUCCGACGGAAGUGAUCACCCUCCGCGUUCAAAGCGUGACGCCGGAAGGCUACAGCAACCUAUACUACGAAAUUGCCACCAUCAAAUCGCCGUACAUUAUGCGGCUGGGCGCCGUCCGGAACACUCGCUUCGUGACCCUGACCCGGAGUUACACCCGACUCAUCACGCCGACGCCACCUCCGGCUUCCGUCGCCACUCUCAUGGACGACAGCGACUACAGUUUGCCGGAAUACGAGCCGGAAGCCCUGCUUGAACCCAGCCAACCCCUGCCGGAUCCGGAGAACAUCCUGGCGACGACGACCCCCUACGAGCAAAUCUUGAAGGAAUCGAGCGACACGGCCACUUUGCCGGCCAUCAUCGUGGCGGCCACCGAAGUGACCAACGACUACACAAUGCAGACCGUGACGGAAACGUUCAGCACGACUGAGUUGAUGUUGAAAACGUCCAUUUUGCCGUACCAGCGGGCCGGCACGACGUCCCACAUGACGCUGACACAGUCGUACUACAUCACCCGAGUCGUUGUGGCCGUCAAAACCGUUCCGCCGGAAGAUCUCUACCAGUUCAUCCCCAGCAAGAAGCUAACGGACAUCAGCACCAAUUUGCAGGAGGCCGGCUCCGAGCACAACGUUCGACUCUUGCCCGGCGAGCUGGAAUUCAGCGAGAACGACGAGUAUUCGGAUCAGGAAGACGACGGCCAUCGCAACGAGAAACGUGUUCCGGCCCCGCAAGACUAUCCGACCGAUUCGGAUCUGUCCAGCAUCGGUCAGGAAUUCGACCUGUCCUCGGUAGAUCGGCCGUCGGCGCAAGUUGAUUUGGAACCCAGUUUGGUUGAUCCAGCUGGUGAGUUGACGACCAGGGCCGGCACUCCUCCUCUGCCCAACAGCUUCCAGCAGCUGGAACCCUCCAUCAAUGUGCCACAGCAAUUCCCCACCGGCCAAGAGACGCCCAUGCUGUCGCCGGAACAGUUGCAACAGCUGGCCCUGUUCCGCUACAUGAAUCCGUACGCAGCGGCCGGCCUGCCGUUCGGCUAUCCCGGUCUGCCAGGCUACGGAGGUGCCAACGGCGGUGGGCAACCUCAGGUGAUAACCACAAGCAAACCAGUGGUGCGGACGCUUGACGUCAUCCGGACGGAAACGGUGCCCAUCUGGAACGGAGUGACGACGAUUUACAGCACCAUUACGCGGACGAAAGGGACGACGGUGGUGACGGAAACCGAGUACGGGACGCAGACGAUCGCAGCGCCACUCAACCCGCUCUUCCCCGGCCAGCAAUACACGAUCGUGAGCAGUCCGGUCGUGACGGAAGUGACCACCACCAGCACCGAGCUCCGCAUUUACCGCAUCAUCUUCCGGGCUCAGACCACCUACACCACCGUGACUUCCACCACCGUCUUCCCGACCAUGGUCACCACUUACGUGUCCAGCACCGUGGCCAUCCAGCCGACCGCAUUCCCAGCUGGAUUAUUUCCCGGAUCCUAUCCAUACGCCGCCUUCGGUUAAUACCACACCAACACCAAAAUCAGAGAAACAAUUUUUUU